UAAGAGGAUUGUGAGGGUUUUGGGUUAGCAAAGAAUGAUAAGGAGACAGCCGCCUAUAGGCCACAACACAACACAUAACCUGUCUUGCUUGCUCGUAUAAUCAUGUCAAUGUCACCGAAACAGUGACCCACGUUUACACUUUCCAGUUUUCUUCACUGUUCCAAAAAAUGGAACAAGAUGAUUUCAUCAACGAUGAUGAUUUUGGAGAACUUUACGCCGACCUACAAGUUCUAGCCACUCCUCCACCUCCUUCUCCUUCUCCACAACAACAUCAGCAACACCAUGAUAAUGAUGAUGAUGGCGGCAGCGGCGGUGGCGGUGGCGAUUCAAACAACAACGACGAUACCGAGAGCGAAGAUGGUUUGAAUAUUGUUUUGAACGACGAUGAUUGUCCCAUUCCUUGUGUCGAGGAUGUUGUUCAUCGUGAAGGUUUGGAAAAUAACCAGGAAGAGUGCAUUGAUCAGGAACAACAAUUUGUGAGUUCUGAUGCACAUUGUGGUCAGAGUAGUAAAAUCUGCGUCAGAGGCGGUUACGGUUCACAAUUUUUUCGUUCUAAGUUUAUGAAGACUCAAGGGUCGAUGUUUGUGAACAAUAUGAUGGCUAAUAAGUCAACAUUGUUGACUAAAGAUUGUUCAUCUUUCACUCAAGGAAGAGGGGAUAGUUUUCAGAAUCAUAAAUCAACCUCCAGUUACUUUGCUGGAUCUUUUCUUCCUUGGCAUUGGAAAAUAUACGAUGUAAACAUUGAUAAAUUUGAGGAGAAGCCGUGGAGGAUUCCCGGUGCUGACAUAACAGAUUACUUCAACUUCGGUUUAAAUGAGAACACUUGGAAGCAAUACUGUUCGUCUUUGGCAUCCACACAGGAGCAAUUUGAUCAACCUGUAUCAGGGAGCUUACUUUCUCAUUCCUCAAAAUGUGAAGUGCCAAUGGGAAGAGCAAUACAGGUUGGGGACAGUGUGGUUGAUCGCCAACCAUCCGUAGAUGUGAGGCGUCCACGCAGUAUAGAUUCUGAUGUUAUUAUACAGAUCAAUGUGCAUGGGUCCUCUGACAACAAUUCUGGUUCUGUUAAAUGCAACGUACUUGAUUCAUCCGAAGAGAGGGAAUUAAUUUCAGGAGUUAACAGAAGCAAAAGCAAUUCUUCCAGUGAACAUGAUGUUCUAUCUAACAAACAGUUGGAAGAUGCUAAACAAUCAGAACUGUCGUCUGGUCAGGAAAGAAAUGACCUGAUUCCUGAUGUGGUUAAAAUUCAGAAUCCAGAUGAAGAGGACCGAUAUUCCGAAGAUGGUAAAGUUCUGGAGGAAGAAAUAAAAACAGAGGGUAGAGUUUGUAUUGACACAUGCAGUGAAGAUCCAGGCUGGAGUGAACCAGAAUUAUCACUUGGUGAUCAAGAACUUAGUCUGACUUCCUAUUCUGACAAUGAUUCUGAGGGAACUGAAGACAGUUUACAUGUUUAUAAUGAGAGAAAUCAUAGCCCCUUAAGAAGUCAUUUGGUGAGUUCUGACAUCGGCUUAAAGGAGUCUUUGCCACUUUAUGAGAAAACCUCAAAAAACAUCAGUGUCAACAGAAAACCAGUAAAUACAUCUUAUUAUUCAAGAAAUAAAGGUUCAGUACAACAGGAUCAGAGGCAUCAAAGUGGUAGACAUAUGCCCGGUUCUAAGCUGCAAAAACACACGGAAAAUGAUAAUAAUGUCUCUCACAUCCCUAGAUCCAGUGGAAGGAAUCUGUCCCCCCGGUGUCAUCAAUUUGUUAAAAACAGAUCGGAUGAACGACUGCAAUAUUUUGGAAGUCGUGAAAGGAAAGAUCUUCCAUAUGAUUGGGAAACAAAACAAUCUUGCUAUUAUGGUACUGACAGAAAUGUUGAUGACCUGGAUCAGGCAGUAUACAGUGAAUAUUCAGAUAGGGAAAAUGAAGACAGAUUCAGGGAGGAUAGAAAUCAAUAUAUCAGAAAAAGUGGGGAUAAGAGGGAGUAUUUUUUUGAGCGAAGAACUCUAAUAAAAUAUAAUGAAGAUGACGAUUGGGAUCCUGCUAGUAGAAAACUGUAUCUUGAUGAUGACCUGAGUCUCCUCUCAUAUAGGGAGUCAAGGCAGUUUCAUUCAAGGCACUCCUCCUUUCCUGCUAAAGAUAGGGAAGCUCAAAGGCAAAUAAUGCAUCACAGGCGUCAUUUUAAGGACAGAAACUGUGAUUCUGAUCAAUGGUUUGAUGAUGAGUUUGAAUUUUUAAACAAAAUUUAUCGAACUCCCUCUUCUUUUGCUGAGCGAGAAAUGGAAUCUUUGAAUAAUAGACAUGAAGAGCAGUUUCUACAAAUUGAUAGAGCACAAGAACGAUAUACAGGAAGGGGUAGACAUCCUGACAGGGUCUCCUUGGAUGUGGAUACCCCGUGGUCUGGGAGAACGGAAGAUGAGUUCCCCAAAUAUGCGCAUAAUCAGAAUUCAUAUUUUAAGUAUCAGAGACAAUCUUAUACUGAUUCAGCGAGAAAUUAUAUGCACAGAGAAAAUGAUAGUUUUAGGGAACAUGAGACACAUAACCAUGCCACCAACAGAGGCAAUGACUGGCAGUGUGGUUAUACUGAUGCUGCUGAAGAUGAAGGUUGCACAACUUCUCCUGUAGAUGAGUGUGAGUUUUACCCCCUCCCAUACGAGGUUUCACACUGGACCAACAAUGAUAAUAUUGUUUGGAAUCAUGAUGACCUGCACCCUGAAGAUGAUGCAAUAUUCUAUGAGGAACCUCCGAUGCACGAAAGACAUGCAAGACAUAGAUCCUUGCAUGCUAGGGUGCAAAGAAAUGAUAUAAAACUACAGCAGCAUCAGCUAAAUUUUUCAAGGAGAGGUGGAGACAUCUUUAUAAAAAGAAGCUCUAAGGUUAUGAGUAGAGAUCACUCUCACCCGACGGUGCUGAGAUACAAGAAAUCCGGUGCCUUGAUUAAUAGGGAAGGAAAGUCUGCAAAAGGUUCCAGACUGAUGCGAAAUGAUACACUUCAAAAUGUGGAUCGAGGGAUUGCUGAGAAGCGUAAAGCUUUGGUAGGUUUUGAUGACUCUCGCAAGAAGGCUAUCAAACUUGACGUCUCAAAAUCUCAGUGUGUCGACCAAAAUAAGAAAUUGCUUCAGAACCUUUCCGAUAAAGGGCAGAAAGAAGGUUUGGAUGUAGAAGAAGGUGAGAUAGUAACAGAAGAACCAUCCGUCGAAGUUUCUGUAUCCAGAAGAGAUGUUUCUGAGGGUGCAACACUUGCUGAAAAUGUGAAGAAGAAAAUCUCACAAAAUGGAAAUAAUUCUGAACCACAGAUUGAUAAUUUGGACAGCCAGAAAAUUCUUGACACAUUAGCUAAAAUGGAGAAACGUAGGGAGCGCUUUAAGCAGCCAAUCGGUAUGAAUAAAGAAGCAGUGAAGCAGCCCAUCAGUUUGAAUAACGAAGUAGUGAAGAGUUUGAAGUUGAACACUAACUCGGCGGUUGAUAUAGGUGAAAUGAAGCAACAAAGGCCAGUUCGAAAGAGACGCUGGAAUGGUUAGAUUUUACAUUUAAGGAAUUCGUCGUUCAUUCGAUUUUGAUAAACGGCAUAAAGUUUUUAUGAGGAAUUGAUUUUAAUUUAUAUUUGCAUUAUUGAAUACUUGGGGAGGGUUCAGUUGAUUUUUUUACUAAAUUUAUGCAGUAAUGGCUGAGAAUUCAUGUCUACAUUGUACACCCUGAUUCUUCGGCUUUGAUAGAUAUAUGAAUUUAAAAAAUUUGGUACAAAUAGACAUAUGAAUUUUGAUGUAACAGGAAGUUUUUAAUUGUGGAAACAACUUCUCUUUGUGGAAAAGUUGUCUUGCAUA